AUGCAAUUGGCCAUUAGCUUGGCUAUGAAACACAAGAAGCACGAACAGGUAGUCAUUGCUUGGUUAGGGAGCUGGCUAGCCGAAGAGCGAUCAUCUGGCGACUCCCAGUCCCCUGCCGUUGUCGUGGACAUCCGAUCCCUGGCGGGAGCACUGGAGCAGGAGCUAACCAUACACCGCCGACUUCUCGGUGGCUCUACACCAUGCACCCCGACCAUCGGCAUGGUGCGGGAACUGACCCGCAACGUGGAUCCGCAGGAGUACGAUCCGCAGCAUGUCUCCAUCGGCCCCUACCACAGGAAAAGGAGCCCCAACGUCUGGAGGUACAACGACAAGCUAGCAAGCCUCGACGCCAUUCUUUCGGCGGCGACUCCUCCUGCUAAGACGGUGGAGGCGUACCUCGGCGAGCUAGCUGCCGACGAGGCCCGUGCGAGGAGCUACUACGCCAACACGUUCGACGACAUGACGAGCGGGGACUUCCUGCGCAUGCUGCUUCUCGACGCCUGCUACGUGCUCCACUGGUUCGGCAACGUCGUCGGCGUCUCCCAGAACAGGGCGCCAGCACCCAAUGGCCACGUUCAGGGUGGCUACCAGCACCAGCACCAGCACCAGCACCAGCACCAGGCGGGCAGCGACAACAAGCAGGAGGUCCUCGCGGUGCUGCGCGACGUGUUCUACCUCGUCGAGAACCAGAUACCAUACUUCAUCCUCGACAAGGUCCACAAACUAACCUUUUCUGGUGGCACUAGCAGCGUUGUUCCACUUUCGGACACCAUCGCGGAAAACCUCUCCAAGUAUAUCCUGCAGAAGCAGCAGUACACGAUGGCAAGGAUCACGCCGCGGGCGGAGCCUGGCAACCUCCUGCACCUUGUGCACAUGCACUUCUUGAAGCCCACCUCUACCGUAAGUAGUGUAACCUCGUCACCAACCGGGCAGCAGCCAGUGGGCAGGUGGCGCACGGCAAUGGACUACUACAUCAGCGGCGUGAACUUGAAGAGCCGCCCCGUCGGCGCCGGGUCGACGGAGGCCCGCUGCAUCCUGGACGUGACGCUGGACAGCGGCAGUGGCACGCUGGUGGUGCCCCGCCUGAGGAUCGACGCCGAGACCGGGCGGAUCCUGCGCAACUUGGUGGCGCUAGAGCAGCACAACCCCGGAGUCGGGAGCCACGUCACGGCGUACUGCGUCUUCAUGUCGCAGAUGGCGUGCACUGCCAGUGACGUCGACCUCCUGUCGAGGACAGGGGUCAUCGUGCACCUCCUCGCGAACGAUGGCGAGGUCGCCGCCUUCUUCUCCGACCUCUGCAAGGGGGUCCUGUUUGACCCUGACGACGCCGACCAUAACUACCUGAGGGCCAUGUGCCAGGUGCUUGACAACUUGUACCGGAGCCGCCCGCGGCGGUGUAUGGCGUUGCUGUACCACAAGUACUCCGCCAAUCCGUGGCUUGUCGUCGGGGUCAUGGCCGCGUCCAUCGGGCUAAUUUCCACCUUGGUGCAAACACUCUAUACUGCUUUGAGCUACUACUACCAGGGACCGCAGUGA